GCCCCUUGACCACCCCACUUCCCAGCUGGGGAAACCGAGGCAAAGGAGGCUCAGAAAGGCCUGAGGUUGGCAGGGAAUGUGGUCUGACUUCAUCGUCCAUCACUUGAGGGCCAGACUUUGGGAACUGAGAUCAUGGCCUUGCAGACUGCUCAACGCCCCCUGGGGUCCUGUGGGACCCCCACCCAUGGCAGCCUCCUGCUCUUGCUUCUCAGCCUUGGGUGGCUGCCACCUCCCGGGGCCCAGGCUGCAGACACAGGACUGGGCUUCGUGACCCCCUGGCUGCAACGCCCCACCCGGGACCCGUCCUGGCAGCAGCCUGAGCUGACUGUCGUCCUCCAGAGGGCCCAGCGGAGCACAAAGACGAAGGUUUGCGCCCUGAGCCAGAAGGCUUGCCCCCCGGAGCGGAAGGCCACUGUGGUGGAUGAAAACCUGGUCUUCUACGAGGAGUGGGAACUGGAGGCCUGUGUGGACGCGGCCCUGCUGGACACUCAGAUGGACCGAGUGAACGCGAUACCCUUCACCCACCAGCAGCUCGAAAUUUUUAGAUGCAAAUUGAACCAGUUCUACCCACAGGGGUACCCCGAGUCCCUGAUCCGGCGCCUACGGUACUUCUUCUAUGCGGUCACCCCUGAAGACAUCUACAAGUGGAAUGUGACAUCCCCGGAGAUUGUGAAAUAUCUGCUUAAAAUCAGCGAGGGGCGCAGAAUGGAUGCUCAGGUGGCUGUCCUGAUUGCCCGCUACCUGGUGGGAGGGGGCCAGAUGGACAAGGCCACCCUGGACACGCUGGCUGCCUUCCGUCCCACCUACUUGUGCCUCCUCAGUCCCGAGCAGCUGGACUCCAUGCCACACAACGUUGUUUGGGCGGCCGGGCCCCAGGACCUGGACACGUGCCGCCCACCUCAGAUGGACGCCCUCUAUUCCAAGGCCCGUAUCGCCUUCCAGAACAUGAGCGGGUCUGAGUACUUUGCGAGGAUCAAGCCCUACCUGGGUGGAGCCCCCACCGAGGACCUGCAGGCCCUUAGUCGGCAGAACAUACACAUGGACAUGGCCACCUUCAAGAAGCUGCGGACAGAAGCUGUGCUGCCGCUGACCAUUGCCGAGGUGCAAAAACUUCUGGGUCAGAACCUGGCGGGCCUGAAGGCUGAGGAAGGCAACAGCCCCGUGCGGGACUGGAUCCUCCGGCAGCCGCAGGACGACCUGAACAGUCUGGGUCUGGGUCUCCGCGGCGGCAUCCCCAACGGCUACCUGGUCCUGGACCUCAGCUUCCGAGAGGCCCUCUCGGGGGGCCCCCACCUCCUUGGACCUGGACCUGGGCUCACUGUGAUCCUGACUCUGCUCCUGGCUGUGAUCCUGAACUGAGCCCACGGCUCCGGAUGCCCCGGGACCCCCGCCCUGUGGUGGAGCAGGCUGGAGCUGUCUCUGUCCGACCCUGAGGGUACUGGAGCCCAAUAAAAGAGGACGCGUCCCCCUCUG